AUGAGAAACUCGUGUUGUCGAUUGUCCAUUUGGAUACUUUUCUUUUUAUUAUUGAUAUUUAUUGUUGCAUGUUCAGCAACCAAAAACAAGAAAGAUGAUAAAAAGAGUGAUGAUUCGGAAAAAUGGAAAAAAAAAGAUAUUCGAGAUUACAAUGAUGCUGACAUAGAACGACUUUAUGAACAGUGGGAGGAUAGUGAUGAUGAUGACUUAGAAGAAGAUGAGUUACCAGAAUGGAAGAGAGAAGCUCCCAAAGUAGAUUUCUCUAAAUAUGACCCUAAUAAUCCGGAAAGUAUUAUGAUGAUGAGCAAAAAAGGAAAGACAUUAAUGAUGUUUGUAUCAGUUUCAGGUAAUCCAAGUCGUGAAGAAGCUGAACGAAUUACGUCGUUGUGGCAGUCAAGUUUGUAUAAUGGCAAUUUGGAUAUUACCAGGUACAUGAUUAGUGACAACAGAGCCAUUUUUAUGCUGAAGGAUGGGUCAAGAGCUUGGGAAGUGAAGGAUUUUCUCAUCAAGCAGGAUCGUUGUGAGCUGGUGACUAUAGAAAACAAGGAUUACCCUGGCAAAGGUUCUUUGAAAACUGAAUUAUGA